AUAGACAGAUAUACAUAACGGUAGAUAGACGGACAAAGACAGGCAGAGAGGCGUGUUUUUUUUUCAUAAUUUUUUUUUAAAAUUUAAAUUAUUAUUAAAAGCAAAUCAUUCUGGAAAAUCAUACACCCGUUCUAAUUUAAUUUCUGCUCCUAGGAUCCCAUUUUGACUUUUGAAAAUUCUAUGGUGCGUCAAAAAUGUAUGUUCUGCAAAUUCCUGUCAUAAUUCGUGAAUGGAAAUAUCAGUGUUUCCAGGGAAUAGUGGUAAAAAACAAACCAACCAACAACAACUUCCUGUACAGACAGCACCCACUUCCAUUUUAAAUCCGAAAGCAGAUUCUAAUAUAGUGAGCACUAAACAAAUACGGGUACAGAUAGUGGCAUUGCAUUACUUCCCUUAUACAUACAUACAUACAUACAUACAUACAUAUGUGUAUAUACAAAAACAGACUUGGGCAGACAUGCACACACAGACCAACCCACUGAUUCCCUCUUCCCUGCAGUUAGUGGCCUGUCUCGUUAAUCUGUGAUUAAACUCAUUAAUCUGCAGCUUGACACAGUGUCCUGUGUGUUAUCAGCUCUGGUCAUUAUGUGAGCUGGUGUUCAGCCUGUCUGGCCAGUAAACACAGCUAGUAGUCGUGCAUUGAGGAAACAGAGUUAAAGACGUUAAAGACCUGCCGUCUGCUUAAAGAAGAGCGAGUAGUAGCUGAUGAGAAGGUAAUCGGAGAAAUGUAAUAUUUGUAAAAUGACUGGAAGAUGUGUUAAACCUUCAGUCUUCAUUUUUGUUUAACAAGUGAGAAAAUGGUUCUUACUGUCUGUCUGAUUAAAGAGGAUUUCCGGAUUUUCAUUCAGUCAUGUUGGGUUUGAAACGUUUGCCCUGAAGCGUUUAUAUUCGGAAACAAGCCUAGAUCGAAGCGGAACUGCUGGACCGCCUUUAAUGUCACUGUGCGCAUGGCAGUGGUCUGGGAGAACGUCGAGAGGCGAGAAUUUAACCACGUUGUGAUUCUGAUUGUUCAGAAAGUGUUGAUUUUUUUCAUUUUCUAUAACAGCAGCUCUGACGGUAGUUCAGGCUACAAAGCAAACCACAGGUUUAUAUCAAUACGCUCAUUAGAAUGCAUUAUCAUUUCAUAUGUCACAGUAACGGCGAUCUCAUAGGGACUUCUUUAGGGAUGCUAUGCACAAUCUCAGUCUAAUAGUAAACAGACUUAAACAACGUGUUAUUUAACAUUUGUUGAUAUGGCGAAGUUUCCUAUGAGGAGACGUUUAUUUCACAUCUGAGGAAGGAGUCUCCAGUUUCAGCGCUUUUGUAGCAGUAGGUUUUGCACCACGGGAAAGUCUUCAGGAUAAAGGAGUUUGCGCUUUGCGGUUUUCCUGUGACACGACGAUCUGCAUUUCUGUUCUGUUAAAGUGUAAAUGUAGAACGUUUAUGGAAGGAGUCUCCAGUGUCAGUAGCAGUCUGAGGAAUAAAGCACUUCAGGACGUGGCUGUUGAUCGUAAAUGAAUCAACUAUAGAAAAUGAAAGUGUGUUGUGUGUUGGGAAGCAACAUACCACCGUGUUGCUGAGUAUUUUCCGUUAACUGCAUGUCCCGAAGUGUUUCAUUCCUUCCACGAUCGACAGGUAGGGUAUUCCUCUGGCAGAGAGCAGAAGUGUUUCUAGCAGUUAGUUCAGGGGAAUGAAGGAGGGAUGUGAACAGCAGGAGGAUGGUCAGCUUGGCCUGAGAAUUAUGUAGAUUUAGGAUUUCGAUGUAAGAAAGAAAGAAAGAAAAUGUGUGUUUUACUUCAAUUCUCAUCUCUUCAAUGGCUUCAGUUCUGAAGUCUACUGGAGUGUGGAUUGUUUUUCAACUUGGUGGUGGUUUUUUAAAAUUUAUUUAUUUAUUUUAAAAAUGAUUGAUUAAUUUUGUACUGUUUACUGUUCCAACGUUUGGAUGAGAGCAUUUUAAGAUUGUAAGAUCCUGAGAGGAGAUGCAUACUUGGCAUAUCUUCUAUCAUGUAGCUGUUUUCUGAGGAAAACCUUCAAACGAUUUCCUAUUUCCUGGUUCUUUCCCUGCUUUUCAACGCCCCCUUUUUUUUUUCCCCUAGUCUUUCUUUAUGCUUCUUUCUUUCGCCUCCUCGACAUUUUUCCUCUGGCUCUUCUCUCUCGUCAUUAGGGGGGUGGAAUCACUCCUUCAUGCUGGGAUUUCCCAACACUUCCCAUCUGGAACAGCUUCUUUUAUUUCCACCUACACGGUCUGAGGGAGCUGCUCCUAAAACUCGCCAGGCCGUGGAAGACAUCACUCUGCACCCCGGCACCCUGAGCGCACUGAAAAAGCGCUGGGAGGCUGAACAACCCGUCUCCUCCAACCAAAGUCCACACACUCCAUCAGCUUACACUCCACCAAGAUCUACAGACAUGGAGAAGACACCACAGCGGGACAUAGAGGACACGGACAGGUCCAACGUGCCUCUCAGCAGCCUCAAAAUGAUGUUCGAGAGCAAGGUUUCUGGAGAGUUGGUACAAACAUCAGGAAGUGGCCUUGACAACAUGGAAUUCGGAGAAAAAGGAGCGUUUGAGACAAUGGUAGAGACCACGCCCCUCAGGCAGAGAAUGGCGCUUUAUCAGGCCGCAGUGUCGAAACUAGAUGUGUCCUCUUCCUCUUGUGGCCAGAGUGAAGUGGACACGGAGACACGUGCUUAUAGCGUGAAGCAGAAGGAAAACGUCCCUCCGUUCUCGCUUGACGUGAUCUCCACUCCUGAGCCUGAGGGCAGGAAAGCUUCAACCACGGAUAACAACGCAGGCUCGAGUGCGGCUCCUCCUGUUUCUGAGCAUGGCCAAGCUAAAUCGGUUAAGAAGUUCGGUUUGCCGACGCGCGAGAGCUGCGUGAUGUGCACGAAGACUGUGUACCCCCUGGAGCGACUGGUGGCCAACCAACAAAUUUAUCACAACUCCUGCUUCCGGUGUGCUCACUGCAACACGAAGCUGAGCCUCGCAAACUACGCCUCUCUACACAACAACGUCUACUGCAAGACGCACUACUGCCAGCUCUUCAAGGCUAAAGGGAACUACGACGAAGGUUUUGGACACCGGCCCCACAAGGAGCUGUGGGACUCCCGAGGAGAGGACGCAGAGGACCAGGCGGACAAGGAGGAUCCUCCGGAAACCACCAGCAGUCCAACGGUGGAGGAGUCUCCUCUGGUUAAAGUGAACGUCAUCACUGCAUCCCUGGAGACACGUGCUCAGGAUGCGUCGGAGAGAACGGAGAAACCGGUGGAAACCAGACGGCUGAAGAUCUCCUGGCCUCCAAGAACGGACGGCGAAGAAGCUCCAUCUCAACCCGGUGGUGUGCUGGCUGAAGAGGCCUCUGUGUGUCCCAGCCGCCCAAAGUGGCCACCAGAGGGCGACUCGAGCCCACUCUGUACUGAAAAAGAAGAGCUGUCUGACAUCCGCUGGAGCUCCUCACUUAAAGAGCGCAGCCGCCCCUUUUCAGUCAGCAGCCCUGCCUCGGCCGUCAGUCAACCCAGUCUGACACGCCCCACUCAGCCCCAGCCAAUGGAAAAGGAGGAAAUAGAGGCUGAAGAGGCUGGACAGGAGGAAGAGGAAGUAGAAGUGGAAGUUGGAGGCAGGCGUGAUGGAGUCACCGAAGAGAAAUGCCAGCCGGAAGAGGAGGAGCCACCAUCUUUCACGUGCCAGAGUACAUCCCUGGAGGACACGCCUCCUUCCUCCCCCCUCAGCGAGGGCGAAUCGAGCUCCGGGUUUGAGCAGAAACACUCUCAGGACGUGGGCUUCUGGGAAGGCGAGGAAGAGCACGACGAGUCCGUUGAGGACCUGAUCAGGAAGAACCGUCAUUACGAAGAGGAUGAAAACGACGAAAACGAUGAAAACUGAUCCGUGUUACCAAUAAACGAGUGAAAUGAAAUUAAAAUCUGUUUUAAUUCCACUGACUUUCAAGGAAUCGCCUUCAUUGGUCCUUCCUUUUAUCCAUGGCAGUAGUCUUUUGUCCCUGUUCAGUGAGUGAAUCCAGAUUUUAUUGGUACUUUUUAUGUAUGUACAGUGUGUGUGUUUUCUAUGUCCUUUUUUUUUUUUUUUUUUUUGUCGCUUAUGGGUCGCCAUUUAAUGUUGCUUUCAAUUUUAUAGCAUCUUUUAUCACGUUACCCGUUAGUUAGAAGAGGUGCCAAUAUUUACAGUUUAGCCGUGGCGUUUACGGUUUCUCACUCCGUGGCACGACAAUACGGAGGAAGACACCUGAAAACGACACUUUUCUACUUUUUGUAGCUCGUGCGAAUUCAAUUCUCCCCAGUGGAAAAGCCAGUUCACUGAAGGGGAAAGAACGCAUUCGCUUCUGGUAGCGCUUACGCUGACUUUAUCUUACACCUUCGACUGUGAAUUCCUAAACCGCUGUUUUGUGAACCAAUAGAAAACUAGAAGAUCUCUCUGCUCACUAAAAGCACAGGGUAGAAAUUGCUGUAUAUCAUUUACGCCAACAACAAUAAUUGCUAGGGUUUUUGUGGGGGGUUUUCCCGCUCUUCUUGCUAGGGUUUUCUUGCACCUCUGUAGUCCAGUUUUAGACGCUCUUAUAUAAAUCACCAUAAAACAAGUUGCACGAGGACAAAAGCAGUUACCUAAUUCAAGUCAUUCAUUACAAUUAUUAUGAAUUUUUUUUUUCUUCCCCAAAAUGCGAAAUCAUUUGUUUUUGAUUGAGCAUGAAGACUUGGCAGUCGUCCAGCUGUGUGAGCUCGAGGCUCUGACUUUGAAAGCUUGUUUUAGUCAUGGAAAUAUUUCUCAGCACAUGUGGUCUUUUUUUAGAAGAGAAAUAGGUUGUGUGUGUGCGAUGGAUGGAUGUAUCAUUAGAUGCCUUUUAACAUGUUUUUUUUUGCACACUGCAUUUUAAAAUGUUCCUUUUAUUUUUAUUUUUUUUAAAUCAGGGGACCAAAUUUCCUUCAAUAAAUAAGUAUAUAAUGCAUAAUUGUUUUUCUUUUAUUCCUUCAACGUUUUGAUUGUUGGACCUCCAAAAAUGGGGGAGUUUACACACUGUAGACAAGGAAUAAUGACCAAUGAAGUGAAUCAGCAUUUCUUAAGCUAAUACAGUUCUCUCUAGUGCGCUCUUCCUUGUGACUUUGACAUGCCACUGUGUCUCACGGUCCUCUAUAAAACACUGUUCUAACGUCUAGAUCCCAAAUUUCUAUGGAAAUCAUAACCAUAUGUUGGAAGUGGAUUCGUGCUGCAGUUAGUGUACGAUUGUAAACAUUUCUAGCAGCAUGAAAUCUCACAUAACAGCUGCGUGUCAAUCAUCUAUCAUCCAACACGAUAUGAAGGAGCAGGCGCAAAACGACUGCUCGAUGAUCUGCUUCUUUAUGUUCCCUGAUGUUCUUGUGCCCCAUCGAGACUUUUUCACAUUCUAAUGUGUUAUUGUUUCUAUAGUAACAGCUCAUUCACAGGGACUUGUAUGAUGGACGGAUUUAAAAACGUGUGUAGAUGUGAAGUUUUCAGUCAGGACACGUUACUCCGUAUUUUGGGAAGGAGUCUCCAGUGUUCAGUGGUAAAAACUUUUAAUGUGGUUUUUAAAGUGCACCUAAUUAUGGUUUUUCAAAUAUUACCUUUCAUGUAGCGUGUUAUAGAACUGUUUAUGAUUUGUAAAAACAAAGGACUUAUCGACUCCCAAAAGAAGGAAGCGAUUCUGAACAGCUGAAACGAGUCGUUAGUGAUUCCAGACUUUACUUCCUGCACUAAUCUACGUAGGUUUGUAGCAAAACACCCCACCUCCCGUCUUCAUCGGCUGCUCGCUGAAACUUGUUACAGUAGUGGGUGUGUCCUUUUUGAAACACGCUGAUAGCGGUAGACCAAUCAGAGUGGAGUAUGCUCUCUGAAAGGAGGAGUUUUGAAUGAAUCCUUUAGAACGGAUCAUUUAAUGAGUCGUUUGUGACACUGGGGGGAAAAAAGGUAACACUGCAAUUUAAAUUAUGAGCAUGUUAAAGUGUUUUUUGACCUCGGAUGCAUGUACAUCUAUUGUAUGAGAGCUUUAAAACAAAAUUAGGCACGUUUCAAAUCCAUAAUAGGUGCGCUUCAAGUAACACGACAAGCUGCAUUUUUUUUCUUAUAUACUUUCAGAAAGAGGAAAAAAUAAGGCUGCUGAGGGGAACGCCUGUUUGUGUUCUCGUGAUAUCAGGUACGAUAAAUGGAUAAAAAUGACAGCGUAUCAGUCUAUAAUAAAUGCAAAUUGUGAGCGUUGACAAAAUAACAGUACGUCUGCUUUGCCACAUCAGGACACAUCCUGUUUUAUUCCUUUUUUAAAAAAAAAAAAAAAAAACCCCUUAUCCUUUUUCUGUUGGGGGAGGAAACUCGGAUCAGCCUUUCACCAGAGGCUUCUAAAAAAAAAUCUUUCGAGACUUUUAACAUUCAGCUUUCUUGCUUGUUUUCAAAGUCAUGAAGGUGUCAUGAACGGAUCAAAUGUGCAGCAGAGAGGCUGCUUUAUACAGGAGAAUAAAUACAACGGAUUUAAAACCUUCAGAACUCCUCUCUGAAUACGG